AUGCAUAUGUCUAGACUCCUGAGAAGAGUAGCUGUAUUGGCAACUAUCGGGAUAAUGGGGAAAACCAAGCUAGCAAGCGCAAGGGAGCAGCAAAAAGUAGAGGAGCCGCGUGUCUCUCGCGUUGAAGACCUGCAAAAGGUAGCCUUGGGAAUAGACCUGGGAACAACAAACUCAGUCAUAUCUUUUUUUGAUAAGAACAAGAACGCAGUCGAAACGAUCCAGAUAAAUAACAAAGUGAGCAUGCCUUCUUUCAUUAAGAUGGAGAUACGAGAUGAGCAGGAGCUGUCCGGCGACCUGAAAAGGCAGAUGGAGAGAGUGCGCGAGAAGUCUAGAAUGGGAGACCACUACUACUACAACGGGAUGUGGAUCUCAAACAAGUUCAAGGGAAUAAUCAGCCCCAUUGUUGGAUGGCCUGCAAUGGAGAAGAUGAAGGAAGAGAGCAGCUCAGUGCGCAACUACAUAUACAGGUUCAAGCCUCUUCUUGCCAGAAACUCAAACGGAAAAGAAGACAGGAACGCAAUCAACGCAACCAGAAAGAACGUGAAGUAUGGAAUUACAAGCAAGAGAGACGAGUCUCUGAAAAGCGACGUGCUGGCCAUUACCAUAACAGACAACGACAACCAGGAAAUAGCCUGGGUGACCCCUAAAAGUCUGAGCACCAUGGUCCUGGAAGAGCUGAGACAGAAGUUUGAGGAGUACUGGCACAAAACCCACUCCGACGGCAGCAAAAGCGCAAAGGACAUGAGCAAGAGCAGAAAGUGCGUAGUGACUGUCCCCGCAUACUUCAACAACGACCAGAAGGAAGAAACAAGAGACGCAGCCAUGCACUCUCUGCUGGACGUGUACAAGGAUGGAAUCAUCAACGAGCCCACCAGUGCAGCCAUUGCAUACGCAUACACCUGCGCAAGAGCGAAGAAGCUCUCUGACCUGAGCGAGAAGAACUUCCUUGUCUUUGACUUUGGAGGCGGUACUCUGGACAUGUCCUACCUGAGCCUUGGAGAAGAAGGUGUUCUUAUCGUAGAGAGCCACGUGGGAGACAACUUCCUUGGAGGAGAAAACGUGAACGAUCUGAUAUACGAAGAGUUCCAGAGACAGCUGAAGGCAAAGUACAGCGUUGAUCCUGCGAGCUUCCCCAUCAACGCAUCGCUCAGGCUAAGAGCGCUCGUAGAGGAGAUGAAGAUCGAGCUGUGUAACAAACAGAACAUCGUGGAUGACGCCAUUAGAAAAGAGGCUCUCCGAAACAACACCACGCCAGACUACUCGGGAACAAACGAGAAAGUGGUGAAAGAGCUGGUUAUCCAGAAGGGCGCAAGCGGAAACUUCCUGAACUACGAGCUGGAGCUAUCCGCAAACACCAUGCAGACUCUCUGCACCGGCGUAUUUGCCAAGAUAUCCUCCCUGCUUGACCACAAAGUCUCUGCAAACUCAAACGACUCUCCAGGACUGAUGCAGAAGCUGAAGUCAAUCAACGGAAAAGACGACAUCAAACACAUCCUGUACGUUGGAGGAUCGAGCAGACUCUUUGGCGUAAGAAGGCUUUUGAUGACAGAGUUCCCCAAGGCAGACCACUGCUUCGACCUCGACCCAGACACAUGUGUCUCCGUGGGAGCUGCGUACUAUGCUGCAUCGCUUGAGGGAAUCAUCAGCGACGAAAACUACGUGGUGCUAGUCGAUGCCAUCCCAAUGAACAUGGGAAUCAAGCUCGACCAGGACAUGUUUGACGUGAUGGCAGAGGCAGGUAAGCAGGUGCCAAACACCUUUGAGAAAUACUUCACCACAACAGUGGAUGCACAGAAAACCGUGCAGAUUGUGGUGGGACAGACGCCCACGCAGACAAAGCAGUUCAGCAAAACCAAGAUGGUCGGCACCUUCAACCUGGACAUGCCAAACAACGAUCUGCCCAGAGGAAAGAAGAGAAUCAAGGUUGUCUUUGACUUUGGAAACGUGGGAGACAUUGAAGUGACUGCAUACGAAGUUGCAGAGAACGGAGAUGUUCUUUCCAACGCGAGCAAGAUUGCCAUCACAAAGAACAAGACAAAGAUGACAGAAGAGGAGAAGAACGAGAUGAAAGCCAGAUACCAGGAGACAAAGGAGAAGGAAGCCAAGUGGCUUGAGAAGUGCGAGAAGAUGAAGGAGCUUGACGAGGCCAUCAAUAGAAUAGGCGAGGAGGCAUCCAGACUGCCAGACACCCACCCCAAGAAGAAGGGGCUUUUGUCUCUGCACAAGGAGAACAGCUUCUGGUACGAGAGAGAGAUCAAGAACGAGAAGCUCCUUGGCGACGAGGAGAUGAUCCAGAAAGUGCAGGACAGACUGCUGGAUCUCUCUGCAGCAUACUCUGCUCUGUCCGACACCGAGGCCGAGAAGACAGAAGAAGCCAAGCCAGAGGCAGAAGAGUUUAUCCCAAGAGAAGACCUUUAG